AUGUAUUCGUCAAUGCAACAGGUCCGGCUGUCCAUUGCGCGCCCCUGUCGAUUUGUCGCUCAUCGCCGUUAUUCCGCACCGUUAUCCGCACCCUCACGUCGUUUCCAUCUAUCCAGAAGAUGCCUCGUGUCACCACCCCAAGAUCCUCAUGAUGUAGAAUCUACAGCCCCAGGGGAUGUCAGAGAAGACCACAGCAUCAAAAGCGAACAAACGUCGCCCAAUGGCCCGUCGGCCACAUCUCCGUCCCCCGACUCGGUCAAUUCGGCCACGAAAAAGUAUGGAUCUGCUGUACGCAGAGCUAUGAGAAACCGGAAGUCAACCCAACAAUCAUCGACGCCAGCAGCCACUGUACCUACAUGGUUCUUUGAGCGCAACACAGUGUCUCGCAGCCCCGCAAUCCACGGCCCUACACAAUCACUACAGCAGGUUAGGAUAGCCAAGUCAGGGCCACCGGAGCCGGAAGAUGUCACAAAUGAGAGUCUGGCUUCUGGUGGAGAUCCCAAUUCGCCUGAGCCCAGUGAACCAGCUCCAGAGAACCGGUAUGCGCUUGCUCAGGAAUCAUGGGAUGAACUCCGAGCCUCGGUCAAAGCAGGCUUGCGGCUACCGCCUGCAAAGUAUACCAAGGAACCUUCUGUGAAGAAGUCGCAUCUGGCACUUCACUACCCUGGGAAUGAUGGGAUCUUGUUUUUGGAUGCAGUGGUGAAAAGGCUUUCGCAUGAGCUAGGUACUGACCUUGUCACCCUCAAUGCCCAGGAUAUUGCCCAAUUAUUCAGCGAGCAAGAUCUGGCCGAUUCGGGAGUAACUUCACCGAUUCGUUCCCUUGGGUAUGAGGUCUACCGGUCCUCUGUCGCAACACACUGGUCAGAAUUGGAGGAUCAUGAAGAUGGUGAAGACGAUGUGUCUGAGAUCCCCGGUGGCCCUCGUGGAAUGCACGGAGCAAUUGGUGUGCCUCGUUUCAUCACAAUCGAGAGCAGCAAGGAUUCGGGAGACAUUCCACUUCCCAACUGGCUUGGGCUGAAAACGCUCUUAGGGUCUAUCAAUGGUCAGCCAGACCCGGAUCCUAGUGCUGGGGCUUCUCGGGGUGGCCAGCAUGCCGAAACCCGCUGGGUUCAACUCGUCAACGAGAUUCUCGGUCAGCCAGUGCAGCCGACUACCACUCUCAAUGCCUCUGCUGAAAGCCCUGAAACGGACGCCAGCAAGGUUCAGUCAUCUAGGGACAUUAUUGUGCAUAUUCAGGAUUACCGUGAUAUUCAGAACACUCGGGAAGGCUCUAAGUUCAUUUCUCUUCUGCACAAAGUGAUCCAAGAUCGGAGAGGGGCUGGUUCCAAGCUUCUGUUGAUCGGAACUACCUCCCAGGAAAUCCCUUCCGCGCCCUUAACAGACGGUGCUGGACUCCUUCAGAAUGUUCUUGAUGAUCAGUAUUCGAAGACUUUGUUCGUCACUCCAGCUAUGAACUCAAAGGCAGCAGAAACUGUCUUCGCUGAAGAUCGUAAGAAGCGCAUCAUGGACAUUAACAUCCGCCACCUGCAAAGCAUGCUUCGAUUCCGUUUGAAUGAACAGGCUUCGCCGGUCACGGAUGAUAUUCUGAGCAACCCCGCCUGGCCGCUAGAGCCAACUACGAUCAAAGAAUCCGGAAUUGAGGAUCGAUACUGGUCAUACAACCAAGUUCAUUGGAUUGCCACACUUGCACUUGGUUGCGCAGAGACCAAUGAACCGUUUGGAUUUGAACAUAUCCGCCGCGGUAUCGAGCUCAUGGAUAAAGGUGACAAGGUGACCAAUGAGUGGUUGAAGGAGAAGUCUCCCAAGCAAAAAGACUCGGAAGCGGGCCAAACUCGCGAACAGCUUCUGGCUUCUUUGCGCAAAACAUGCAACACGCACGAGAAGAAGCUUCUCAAUGGUGUGGUCGAUGCAAACAGCAUCCGCACAACAUUUAACGAUGUUCACGUCCCUCCCGAAACCAUUGACGCCCUGAAGACCCUCACUUCUCUGUCACUUAUCCGUCCCGAGGCAUUCACAUACGGUGUUCUUUCCACUGACAAGAUCCCUGGUCUUCUCUUAUACGGACCUCCGGGUACUGGUAAAACACUUCUUGCCAAGGCCGUAGCCCGCGAGAGUGGCGCCACCGUCCUCGAAGUCAGCGGCUCUGAGGUGUACGAUAUGUAUGUCGGUGAAGGCGAGAAGAACGUGAAAGCCAUCUUCACACUCGCCAAGAAGCUGAGUCCCUGCGUCGUCUUCAUCGACGAAGCAGACGCUAUCUUCUGCUCACGUACCGGAGCUAGUAGCCGCACAUCCCACCGCGAAUUGAUCAACCAGUUCCUGCGCGAAUGGGACGGUAUGAACGACCUCUCAGCCUUCAUCAUGGUAGCCACCAACCGACCCUUCGAUCUAGACGACGCUGUUCUCCGCCGACUGCCCCGCCGACUCCUAGUCGAUCUGCCAACGGAGGAAGACCGCCUCGCAGUCCUAAAGAUCCACCUGAAAGAAGAGCAACUCGACCCCUCUGUCGAUUUAGCCGAGCUAGCCCAUCGCACACCCCUCUACUCAGGCUCCGACCUAAAAAACCUGUCAGUAGCAGCCGCACUGGCCUGCGUCCGCGAAGAAAACGAGGCAGCAGCCAAGCAUACAGGCUCCGAGCCAUACACCUACCCAGAGCGCCGCAUUCUGACACGGACUCAUUUCGAGCGUGGAAUGGAAGAGAUCAGUGCCUCCAUCAGCGAGGAUAUGUCAUCUCUAUCUGCCAUUCGCAAGUUCGACGAGCAGUACGGUGACCGCAAGGGCCGGCGCCAGAAGAGCGCUGGGUGGGGAUUUAUCCCUGCCCCUAGUGGUGAGGCUGCAGUUGAAUCAGCACGUGUUCGUGAUUGA